UGUUUUCCAAAACAGCAGCCGCCCUGCCUUUAGUAUCAGCAUCAUGGCAGCUACGGAUCAAUGAACACUGAAUUAUGUUGGGGAAAAUGUGGAAUUUCGGAGUGCAGUCUCAUCGUUUGGCGAAGUGAAGUGAAAUUGAUGGGCCAUGGGCAAGGAUCAGGACCUCCUGGAAGCGGCACGAAACGGAAACCUAGCGGUCGUCGAAAAAAUCCUCAGUCAGAGAGCCAAGAGGAGUGGCCCUUUAGCAAGUUUGCGCCGAGGCCCGGGCGCUAAUGUCCAAGACAGUUGCGGAUACACCGCGCUCCACCAUGCCGCUCUCAACGGCCACAAGGACGUGGUGGCGAUGCUGCUCAGCCACGAGGCCUCCUGCAACGUGGUGGACGACAAGGGGUCCUCGCCGCUGCACCUCGCCGCCUGGACGGGCAACGGCGAGAUCGUCGGGCUGCUGCUGCACCAGGGCCCCUCCGUGCCCAACGUCAACCUACUCACGCGGUCCAAGGAGACGCCGCUGCACUGCGCCGCCCAGUACGGCCACAGCGCCGUGGUGUCCAUGCUGCUGGAGAACGGGUGCGACUCCAGCAUCCGCAACGCGCGCGAGGAGAGCGCGCUGGACCUGGCCGCGCAGUACGGCCGGCUGGAGACGGUGGAGCGGCUGGUGCGGACGCACCCCGAGCUGCUGCAGCCCUACGGCCACCGCGCCACCACCUCCACCAUGUUCCAGAACACGCCCCUCCACCUCGCCAGCCGCAACGGCCACAGGGCCGUGGUCGACCUGCUCCUGGACGCGGGCGUCGACGUGAACGUGCGCACCGGGGCCGGCACCGCCCUGCACGAGGCCGCCCUGCACGGCAAGGUGGAGGUGGCGCGCGCGCUGCUGUCGGCCGGCGUGGACCUCCGCGUCCGGGACUCGAACCGCAAGACGGUCUCGGACCUGCUGCGCGACUUCCCCUCCAACGUGAGCCACGAGAUCGACGCGCUCAUCCGGCGGCACCGCGCGCGCCGCGGCGACACGAGCGACGGCGAGGACAUGGGCCACCACAGCCCGCGCAGCCCGUACGACAACGCGUCGCCGCGCGGCGCCUCGCCCAUGGGCCCGCCCGGCGGCUGUUCCCCCAGGGGGUGCUCGCCGAACCACUACCCGUCGUCCGCCAUGUCCAUCGCGAGCGAGUCGAGCUUCGGCCGCGACCUGGACCAGAUGAGCCUGUCGUCCGUGGCCUCGUCCACCUCCAACCGACGGGGCGAGAACAUCUACCUGCCGAUGGGCGGCCGCAGCCCCGGGUCGACGUGCAGGAUCUCGGUAGGCGACCCCACGCCGCCGAAGAAGCCGCCCAGGAGGAACCUGUCGGUGUCGCCGACGCACCUCACCGCGGACUCGACGUACGAGUUCCUGUGCCUGGCGCGGUCGGGCGGCGCCGGCUCGCCGGGCAGCGUCAACUCGUCGCGGGGCACGUCGAGCCUUCGGCGCGGCAAGAGCGCGGACCAGUACGUGGAGAUGAAGCUCCGGCACAUCGACAUCGAGGACGACGGCGUGCUGAGCUCGGCGCCGGGGACGCCGCUGGGGGGCGGCGCGCCCGAGCAGGCGUCGCCCUACGAGGAGGUGACGAUCCGCACCAUCAACCCGCGACGCAAGCUGCGCCGCGUGCACGACUCGCCGCGCGGCCCCGGCGGCGGCGCGCGCUCCUACGAGAACUGCGAGCCCACGUCCAUCCCGGUGCUGGUGACGGUGCGCAGGGACUCGAUGGACGUGUCCCCCAUCGCGGCGGCCAUGGCGCUGCCCGCGCCCGCCAUCUCGCGCAUGCCGCUGCGCGAGCUGCCGCUCAGCCCCACGCACUACCAGCAGCCGCCCACGCCCGACCACCCGCCGCCCUCCGCGCAGGCCGCCGAGAGGAGCAUCCACGAACGCAUCCGGCCGCUCAGUCAGGAGUACGCGCAGUCCCACAAGCGCAGCUCCAGGGACAUGGAGACGGAGACGGACGACGACCUGCUGGUGUGCUCCGUGUGGAACGCGCCGCCCGGCUCGCUGUCCGGCUCCAUCUGCUCCAGCAUCUCGCUGCACUCCGACAACAUGGUCGAGGAGUACAUCGGCGACGCCCCCUUCGCCGCAGACGAUUCUGACGACUCGUGGACGCGGAGUACCUGGGGCCGAUGGGGGCGCCCCGUCCCCCGCAGCCCCCUGGUCGUCCAAAGCCAGCAAGGCCAGCCCCAAGGCCCCCAGGGGGGCUCCCCGGGCCCCUCACAGAGGCCCCCGUCCUGUAGCGUUGAGGCCGUGUCCGGGCAGGCCACCUCGGCCACCACGACAAGCCUGCUGAAGGGGUCGACGGCGCAGCAGGCGGCGGCGCGCUCCAACAACCACCACCUGCACCACAACAACAAUAACAACAACCACCAGCACCAGCCCGCCGAGCGGCCCAAGACGCUGCGGCGCCUUAAGCACGUGUACGACGUGCCGCUGAUCCGCAACCCCAGCGAGGCGCGCGGCAACCGCGAGGCCAAGGAGGCCCGCGAGGCCCGCGAGCUCAACGAGCUGCAGGAGACGCGGCAGCGCCUGCUGGCCGCCACCAACAACCACCACCACCAGGCCAACGGCGCCAACGCCCCCAACGGCGCGCCCGCCACGCCCACCACGCCCGGGGGAAGGCCCGCCACCAACGAGAAGCCUCUCAGCCCCUUCGACGAGCAGGAGGAGUGGAACAAGAUCUCCGAGAUCAUGGCCUCCAUCGGCGGCGGCCUCGGCAGGGACCCCAUGUUCAACGAGCUGGAGAGGGAGUUCCAGGAGCGACUAGGCGUGUCCCGCUCGCCGAGCUGCGCUGAGCCGCUGUCCUCGCCGCUGGUGUGCUCCUCCAUCGGCCAGUGGCUCAAGACGCUCGGUCUGGAGGACCUGGAGCAGACUUUCCUCACCAGCGGCUACGACGACCUGGACUUCCUGGCCGGGGUGCUGGAGGACCAGGACCUGCAGGACAUGGGGGUGAGCUCGGACAAGGACCGGGACACGAUCCUGGAGGCGUCGCAGCAGCUGCCGUGCCGCGUCAAGGACAUCGCGCAGCAGCAGAAGGACGGCGAGGCUGCGGAGAAGCAGGACGCCGCGGCGCCGGACCCCGGCACGCCGUCGCCGGUGGACGACUGGCUGCGGAAGAUCAGGCUGGAGCAGUACGGAGGCACGUUCCGGAAGCACAUGUACCACGACAUGGCGCGCGUGCGGCGCAUCUGGGAGGUGGAGCUGACGGCCGUGCUGGAGAUCGCCAAGGUGGGCCACCGGCGCCGCAUGCUGGCGUCGGUGUGCGGCGGGCGUCGCCAGCUGCGCAGCGGUUCCCUCAACCCGGACGGCGGCCCGCCGCGCUCUGGGUCGUCGCUGUCGCUGGCGUCUGCGCCGACCACCCCCGCCGGCAACGCCCCCGUGGCCGCCUCCAUGGCCGCCACCACGCCGACGGGCACCCCCACCGGCACGGCGCCGCAGAUCCACGUGCCGUCCACCGCCACGCUGUCCGUCAACCCCACCGGCACGCUGCGCCACUCCAAGAAGACCCGGCCCGCGCCGCAGCCGCCGUCCUCGCAGCAGGACCUGAGCAUCCGCGACCCCAGCGAGCUGCUGGAGGGCGUCCCCGGCGCCCUGACCACCACCUGGCGGCACCGGCCGCACGACCUGGUCACCGGCAGCGUCACCUACCUCGCGCACUACUUGGGCUCCACCGUGGUGAAGGAGCUGCGCGGCACUGAGUCCACCAAGAAGUCCAUCCAGAAGCUCAAGUCGGCCGAGGGCGCGCGGGACACGCCCGAGAUCAUGCUCUCCAUCUCGUUCCGCGGCGUCAAGUUCCUGGAGCCCGGCAGCCAGCAGAUGGUGUGCGAGCACGAGGUGCGCAACAUCCACUGCGCGUGCCAGGACUCGGACGACCUCACGCACUUCGCGUACAUCACCAAGGACCACCUCAGCAACUCGCACUUCUGCCACGUGUUCUUCGUCGCGUCCAUGGACCAGGCCACCGAGGUCAUCAUGACGCUGGGACAGGCUUUCGAGGUGGCCUACCAGAUGGCGCUCAAGGAGCAGGUGCAGGAGAAGGGACACGGACGCUCGCUGUCCAUCAGCGGCCCGACCACGGACGCGGCCUUGGCGACCUCGAACGGCGCGGCCACCACCCCAAGUAAGACGGCCUCCGUCACGGCCAACGGCAUCAACGGGUCGACGCACGUGCGCUCCAAGUCCUGCGGCGAGCACCCGGCCCCGAAGCUGGUGCUGACGGAGGACUUGUAGGGCUCCGCUGUUCGAAUCGGGCCAGAAAUGUCGGCAGCGGGAGGAGGAUGGAGGAAUCUGGAGCUGGGAGUACGCAUUGUACCCGACCACUGUGGAGUCGCGUAUUUUAUGCACCUAGAGAUCGUUCCUUUUUACAGGAUUGGACAGUGAGCUGGACUUAACUGUCUAGUCGAGAAAGGCCCAGUUAGCUGUGAUUUGUUGACAUGGAUCUUGUCUGUGCUGCUGCCUUGUGAUGUUUUAUUCGGGAUCCUUAAUUUAUUUUUAACGCUGUUUACCCUGAGAUUUUUCGUUUAGAAAUUUAGCAAUUUGCAAAGUGUAUGCAAAACGUCGCGAUAAGUACUCUUUUUAGUCUUUACAGCUGUUUGCCAAAUUGACGAUUUUCCCCUUUGUUGAGCGGUAUACAUUUUUAAUAUUUGUUGUGAAGCGCAUGUGAUUUUGUGAGUUGUUACCAUUAUUUAAGCAUAUCGGUUAAAGUUAUAUGCGUGUUAUUUGUAGCUGUUUUAUUUGACUAACUUUUGAUGAUACACUAGCAUGACGAUGGGAACCAAUGAGAUAGCCCCAAAGUUUUUAAGUUCCAGUUGUACAUCUGGAAGCAUCAUUCGUCUUCGCCCAUUCCUUACCUUCAUUACAUUUCCUCUAGUCAGGUCCACUUGUCUCGCUUCGGGUGCCCUAAGUGCCUUUUCAUCGCACAUUCUUUCCUGCAUGCCACAUUCCCGUGUCACUGUGCGAUGGUCCUUCCGUCGUCUAGUCAAAGGGCACCGGGCGGCCGGGUGCUGCUCACUGCUUCCAACGUCAUGCUGGUGUUGAUGACGAAGAGAUAUUCAGUCGCGCUAGCGCGGAUAUAGGCUUGUAUUCUUUAUAAAAGUCAAACUUAGAGGUGCAUAGCGUAGUGCGUUAUCAUUUUCAGCUGCUCGGAAGACAGCUUGAGGUUGUGUUAGUGGAAGGACUCUGUGUGAACCUUCUAGCAGGGACUUCUGUGCUCGUUGUCUCGCUAGCUGCGUCACUUGUACCAGCAAGUGCGCUUUCUUGCUACGGCGUGUGUAUCGUAUGCACAGCAGUGUAGAUUUAUUUGGAGCUGCCCUGUGCCGACAAAAUUUGACGAGCUAAAAUUGUACUUUGCACUAUGAUCGGCUUGGAGCUCAGCUUUCGUUCUACACUUUGUCUACUAAGGCUUUGUAGGUUAAAUGUGAAUUAUAUGAAAUGUUUCUAGGCUAGAGAUUUUUGGAUGCUGGAUAACAUCCCGGUGUUAAGGUAUUAAUCACACUAGGCUGUUGAGCAGCAAUUAUGAUCGAUUUUUGUAUUAUAUAGUGGGUGCUUGCUUGCAGUAACCUACUACCUCGAAUUUCCAAACCAAAGUCUUAAUGGAAAUGAGGUUAUAUAUGUGUUUGAUGGUUCACCACGCGUGAACCAUGUUUUACUUUUUUCAACCUUCCUCAACUUUCUAUUGUACAUAAAAAGUUAGAAGUUAGCUAAUCAUUUUUAAAUACGACGUUUUCAGUCAAGUUUAUGUCAAAAAAGGGAUAUAUUUAAAAUGAAUUGUAUUUCAGGUGUAAGAGGAUAAGUGUCCAGCUUACCAAAUGGAGUGUUUUCUCGUCUUAUCAAAUUUAGAGGAACUCAACUAACUCAGCUAAUGAGGUUGAGUGAUGUAGGACAGAGUAGUGGUGAACAAUGGAAUUUUUUUUCACUUUGCUCAAAUUUGCUCUCGCUUUAAAGUCACAGUUGGGCUAUCAUGUGAGACACGCUUAUUAUCACAUCACCUCUGCUCAUUUAAAAGGCGAAUACUGAAUGUAACGGUACAUGAUGUCAACUGGUCGAAAUCUUCGAUUUUUGCUGAAAUCAAUCUGACUUAAGUGUGCUCAAGAGGUCGCUGUCCAAAUUGGUGUACCUGAAAUACUGUCCAAUUUUUGUUUGUUGAUGACGUUUUCCAUCCAGCAUAACUGAGUCCAUGCAACGCCCGUCUCGUAUUGAAGUUGCCUCUCAGUCGUACGUACGUGUUAGUGUAGUUGGUGUUGUUAAUCCUAUCUCCUUGAGCAUAUUUAGACAUUGUGAUACCUGCAACAAAUUUCAAUGAAAUUGGACGAAGCGUUGCUCUAUUAGGGAACCUAAUGGACAUAUUCAUUCUUACAAUCAUUGUUUAUACGCAUGAAUUCAUGCUGACUAUUAUAGUUUUAACCAUGACUAAUUUUGAGAUGCUUAUUACUGUAAGGAGCAAUCAUCUUUCAAUAUGUUAAAGUAGCUUGUUUAUCCUCGUUUUCUUCAUGGCGAGAAACGUAGUAUUAUUUAGAGAGAGGUCUGCCGGCUGCGCGCAGGAAUGUACUAUGCAUGUGUGUUUGUGUGGGUAUGAGGGGAGUUUGGUUUGGCAAUUUUUCAGUUUGCUUCCGUGGUGUGGAUUUGAAGCGACUCCGAAAGAUGACAGAUGGAUCCUAAAGUCUGCAAUUUUUUGUGCCAUUUUGUGUGGUCAUGAGAACGCAUAUUUCUGCUCAAUACUCAAAACAAUCUUAAGACGGAAUGACUGUCUAGUGUUUUAGACUAGUACCCUUUUCUUAUCACUAGAGUCAUGCCACGUAUCUCAUUUGUUUAACUCGUCUUGACAAAAUAAGAAGUCUGAAUACAUGUAAGCGUCGUUUACGUCACAUUAGUGUCACGUAUCGACUCCCGCGCACAACCCACUAUUUUCUUUUUUGGCUCAAUGACUAAAAUCAUUUUAUAUGGGCCCAAAUUAAAGUACAAAGUCGCUCCACCAUUGUUCUCGUAUGGGGCGCACACUUAUAGUCUGACGCAAUUGGUGUACCAAAGAUAUUAACCCCUUGGGGUACAAGUCAAGGGAGUUUCAUUUUGCUUCACAAACGCAAAGGGCCAGCUUGGCAAGGAAGUCAUCCCACCCUACCCCCACCAAAAAAGUUUUUUGAUUAUCCUGACCAAUUUGAGCGCUUUGUUGCGUGGUUUCUUGCAUUUAAAGAUCAGUUUUGGGAACUGACUCCUGCUUUGUCUAGUUUGGUAGACUGUCAAAGACGAAAAGGGGCUGUAAAUUUGCUCAUCAUAUUUCCUGCUCAUUCAUCUUUCUAGUGGUACUUAUGUCAAAAAGAUGCAUCUAUUCCCUUUCCUGCAUUUCCUCUUGUUUUUGUUUUAUUCUGUUUCAUUUUAAUUUGGGUCUGUUUUUUUUUUUAAGAUACCUCUCUUCUGCAUCUUUUGUCUUGCUAAUUGUUAUUGAAAUCUCUCGUAUCUUUUAGAAGGCGUGGUUUUGUUUUGCGUAGCGAUUCUACAGUAGCACACGCCCUUUUAGGUUUCCAAUCUAGCUUUACGUCGUGUUAAACCUCUGAUAAUCAAAAUAUUAUCUGACUAGAAACCUCUUACUGAGGUAAUGACUACAGAAAACUCACUGCCUCGUACUACUUUUCCUUUAAAAAAUGUGUACUGCGCAAAAUGCUGCCUGUUCCUUCUUAAAGUCUUGAACUGAUAAUGUGUUAGCUAUCCUCAGUGAAAUGUACAUAUAUUUAUUGUGUAUGUAUUGUUUAUAUUAUUAUUAUUAUUAUUAUUAUUAUUAUUAUUAUUAUUAUUAUUAUUAUUAUUAUUAUUAUUGUUAAACUGCUACCUCUCAAAGAGGGUUAAUAAUAACGUUGCAAUCGACAACCUAAACAUGUGACAUAGGUACUGUACGACAAAGUAUGUUAUUUAUAGAGAUGGUGCUAAUCAUCACACCGCGCGUUGUAACCUAAUUCCGUCAUAAAAUGAUUUCCAUUACCAAA